AUGGUCGUUCUGCUGAGCUGUAAGAGCUUCAUCAAACUGGAACGUCCUAGACUUCAUGCACCGUUCAACGAAAAAGACGCUCAUGAGACCCCCAAGAAGUGGACGUGGAGCGACGUCGAACCAAGCAGGCAGCUCAAAUGGGAGCGUUGCUACGACGAUGGGUUCGACUGCGCCCGACUCGAUGUGCCCAUGGACUGGCUCAACCCCUCCGACGAUGAACGUGUGGUCCUGGCCAUGAUGCGCCUUCGCGCCACCGAGCAACACCACUACAAGGGUCCGGUCUUCUUCAACCCUGGCGGCCCAGGAGGAAGUGGCAUCUAUGCUCUGAAGGAUCACGGGAAGCUCCUGCAGACAGUCGUUGGCUUGAACCACGACAUCAUCUCGUGGGAUCCUCGCGGCAUUGGGGCAUCGGUGUCAAGAGUCGACUGUUGGGACUCCCCGGAAAAGGGGCGACUGUGGGCUUUGCAGGAUGUUGGAGUCGUCGGUUCGCAUCCUGGAGUUCUGUAUGACGCAUUCGCCAGGGCAACGGCUUUCUCGCAGGGUUGCGAGCGAACCAUGAACGCUUCUAAUUUGUUGUCGCACAUCGGUACUCCUUCUCACGCACGCGACUUGCUCGAGAUGGUUGAUCAAACUGAGAACGAUAAGUUGAAAUUCUGGGGCUUCAGCUACGGCACUCUGUUAGGCGGCACAUUUGCUGCCAUGUAUCCUAACAAGGUCGAGCGCCUUGUGAGUGAUGGCAAUGUGGACUAUCGAGAAUGGUAUCACCAAACCCACAUUAACUUCCUACGCGAUACCGACAAAGUCAUGGAGGCUUUUUACCGCUUUUGCCACGCUGCUGGACCACUCAGCUGUGCCUUCUAUGCUGAGACUCCCGCAGCCAUUGAGAAACGCCUUCAGGACUUGCUGCAAUCCAUCCGCGAGCACCCGAUCAUCGUUUCCGUCUUCGAUGGUGGCCCGGAUAUGCCCCAGCUAAUCACCUGGUCUCACGUCAAGCGCUUGAUUUCCGCGGCGCUUUAUCGCCCUAUCUUCAUGUUCAAGAAGUUUGCCGAGGUUCUCAAGAGUCUAGAAGACCGCGAUGGCGUUCCCUUUUAUGCCCUGAUGCACAGCGAAAGCUCGACGCCCCCUAUCUGCUCCAUCGAAGCUAUCCCACCAAAUGUGCCUGCCGUCGAGGAAGAUACAGGCGACGCUUUCCCGGCCAUCAUGUGCGCUGACCUCCCCCUGAUGAACCAGACGGUCGAGGAGUUUGGCGAGUUCGCCCGCUAUCUCGAGGAGAUCAGCUCAGCUGCUGGCGCCGUUAACACACUAUUCCGACUCGCGUGUAUUGGUCGCACUGUGCGACCCAACUGGAAGUUCGAUGGACCAUUCGAGGGCAACACGAGUCAUCCCAUUCUCUACGUUGCCAACAUUGCCGACAAUGUUUCACCGCUUGUCAGUGCGAGGAACAACUCUCUAGGGUUUCCCGGAUCGGUGGUGCUCGUCCAAAACUCAUAUGGACACACUACACUGUCUGCCGCAUCGAAAUGCACGGCAGGCCACAUCCGUGCGUAUUUCCAAGAAGGUUUGAUGCCAGAUGUCGGAACUUUAUGUGAGCCAGACUACUAUCCGUUUCAGGAGGCCAAGCCGGAUGCAGGGGACGAGCUGUCCAUUGCUUUGCAUGGGCUUUCGAAGGCGAAUUGGGGAUUCAGGAACGAAUUUCACUUUUGA